AUGAAUAAUAUCAAUAUAUCACAUAGUCAAUUACUUUUCAAAAUAAUAUUUAUUGUUAUACUAUUAAUAUGUCUACUUAUUGGUAUUGUGAUUUUUUCGAUAUAUUAUAUUCGAGAAGAUUUGACAAAGAAUAUAUUAAUCAAUAAUAAUUUAACUACAAAAAUAAAUUCAAUAUCAAUAACAUCUUCAAAUAUAGUGAGAUUAUCAUGUCAAUUAAAAGUUAAACGACAAUUAAUUAAUAUACAAUGUUUAUUCUCAAAUACAAGUCUAUAUGAAAUUGUUGAUUUAAAUAAUGAUAAACGAGUUGAUUUUAUCUUUUAUUGUCAUGAUAAAUCUACAAUAAAUGUUUUAAUUGCAAAUUCGAAUGGUUCUUUUGGAGAAAUAAUAUCAACUUAUGUUAAUGGAAGUGUAUAUAAAAUUUAUGUUGCUGAUAUAAAUAAUGAUGAUCGACUCGAUUUAAUUCUGUUAACUCAAAUUUUGUUCUACAAUAAUAUAAAUAUUUUCUUUGGUAACGGUAAUGGAACAUUCCAAAUACAAAAUAUUGUAUCAUUAAACUUAAUCUAUUCUCCGAUUGAUAUUAGUAUAGUUGAUCUUAAUAAAGAUAAUAAUUUGGAUAUCAUUUGUAUAGUUCAAUAUGAUAAUGUUGUUCGUAUUUCAUAUGGAUAUGGUAAUGGAACAUUUUCAUUAGAAUCAAUAUUAUUUAUAGGAUUGACUAGUGAUCCACAACAAUUAGCUAUUGGUGAUUUUGAUAAUAAUGAUUAUUUAGAUAUAGCUGUGUUAAAUGGUCGUUCUCUUCACAUUCAUGUAUUUUUUGCAAAUACAAAUGGAAGUUUUCAAUUACCAAAAUGGUUCUAUACGGCAUAUGAUGUUGCUCAAUUACGAAUGAUAGUUGAUGAUUUUGAUAAUGAUUAUCAAUCUGAUAUUGUUUAUCUUCAUAGUUGGGAAAAUUAUACAGUUUCCAUGUUAUAUCAAUAUAAUAAUGGUACUUUUCAUAUUCAUCAGCAAAUUCUUAUGGAAACUUCAGUAUUAUUGGAUUCAAAGUCAGUAAUUAUACGUGAUUUAAAUAAUGAUAAUUAUUUGGAUAUUAUUAUUGGUUCACUUUCAUCAGAUAAAAUCUAUGGUCUUCUAGGAGACGGAACUGGAUAUUUCGAAACACAAACGAUUUAUUUUAAUACAUUGAAUACUUCAUCAAAUGAUAUUAUCAAUUCUAGUUCUUGUGAUAAUAUAAUAAUCAAUAUGAAUUUAGUCAACAAUAUCUUAUCAGUCCUUUUCAAUCCAUGUCAAUGUUGA